AUGUCCAAAGUGGCCAAAUAUCGGCGACAAGUUAGUGAAGAUCCAGAUAUUGACAGUUUGUUGUCUACUCUGUCUCCAGAGGAGAUGGAAGAGCUGGAAAAGGAGCUGGAUGUUGUGGAUCCAGAUGGAAGCAUCCCUCUGGAGCUUGGUCAGAAAAACCAAACAGAGAAAUCCCCACCUGGCCCGCAAAACUGCGACGCGAUGUUCAAUCACUGCGAAAAGGAGACCAGGAAACUUAUUCAGAGGGAACACUCGAUAGACGAAAGCAGAUUGAGCGAGAAGAAGAAGGGAGCCAAGAAUGAAGAAGAAAAGGGAAAGGAAGCUCUUUCCAAAGACCUGGCCCGGAAACGAGAUACGAAAGUGGGGAAAGACUCUAAAAAGGAAGAAAGUGUUCAGAAAACAGACCCAAAAGGUAAAGCUGAGGCUGAGACCAAGACCAAAGAGGAGAAGGCUAUCAACGAUAAAGUCAAGGCCAUGGAGAGAAAGCUGAUGGGGAAGGACAAAAAGGAGGAAGAUAAGGGUUCGGUGUUGAAGAAGGACACGGGGAAGGACAGAAAGGAGGAAGAGAAGGGCUCAGCAUUAAAGAAGGAUGCAGGGAAGGACAAAAAGGAGGAAGAGAAGGGCUCAGCUUUAAAGAAGGAUGCAGGGAAGGAUAAAAAGGAAGAAGACAAGGGUUCAGCAUUGAAGAAGGGCAUAGGGAAGGAAAAAAAGGAGGAAGAGAAGAGUUUGGGAUCAAAGAAACAGGCAGAAAAAGACACAAAAGGAGAAGAUAAGAAAGAAAAAGACAAAAAAGAAGAGGAAAAGAGUUCAGCUUUGAAAAAAUCAAAGGCAGACGAGAAGGAGAAAUCCCAACCAGAGGCAGAAAAGGCAGCGGAGGAGAAACAGGAGGCCAAGGCGGCAGCCGAGAGCAGCCCCUCCAAGCCCACCAGUGGCAGCUCUUCAGAUCAGGCCAAGGAUGACGAGGCCUCCAGCAUUUUCGAUGAGCUCAUCGAGAAGGUGAAGAACAACGACGCCGAGGUCACCGAAGUGAACGUGAACAACUCAGACUGCAUCAACAAUGAGACCCUGGUGCGUUUCACCGAGGCCCUGGAGUUCAACACCGUGGUCAAGCUGUUCGCCUUGGCCAACACCCGUGCCGACGACCACGUGGCCUUCGCCAUCGCCAUCAUGCUGAAGUCCAACAAGGUGCUGACGAGCAUCAACCUUGACUCCAACCACAUCACGGGCAAGGGCAUCCUGGCCAUUUUCCGGGCACUGCUGCAGAACAACACGCUGACAGAGCUGCGUUUCCACAACCAGCGGCACAUCUGCGGAGGGAAGACGGAGAUGGAGAUCGCCAAGCUCCUGAAGGAAAACACCACGCUCCUGAAGCUGGGCUACCACUUCGAGCUGGCCGGACCACGCAUGACAGUCACCAACCUGCUGAGCCGAAACAUGGACAAACAGAGGCAGAAACGCCUCCAGGAGCAGAAACUGGCACAGGAGCGUGGGGAGAAGAAAGACCUGCUGGAGGUGCCCAAGCCUGGAGCCCUGCCAAAGGGGUCCCCCAAGCCAUCCCCACAGCCAUCCCCCAAGGCUUCCCCCAAAGCC